AUGAAGGACAACGAGCCCAUCAAGCAGAGGUACUACCCGAGGAACCCGGCGAUGCAGCGAGUCAUCGACGAGCAGGUGGAGGAAUUGUUCCGGACGGGAGCCAUCGAGCCGUUCCGGCACGCACGCUACAUAUCGACGCUGGAUCUGAAGCAAGGAUAUUUGCAGAUACCCAUGGAACAAGGGAGCAGGCAGUAUACCGCAAUUACGGUCCCAGCACGGGGACUAUACCAGUGGAAGGUGAUGCCCUUCGGUCUGCAAUCGGCUUGCGCCACGUUCCAGAGGGCACUGGAUUCGGUGAUAGGGCCGAACAUGAAGCCCCACGCUUUCGCCUAUCUGGACGACAUCAUCGUCAUAGGCGCGAACAAGGAGCAGCAAUUAGCCAACCUGGAAGAAGUGUUCCGACGGCUGAGGGAAGUGAGCCUGAGGAUUAACAAGGAGAAAUGCCGGUUCUUCCGGAAGGAGCUGGUGAAUUUGGGAAACAUGGAUAACCCCACCGAGCGGACGAAUCGGACGGUCAAGACGAUGAUCGCCCAGUUCAUCGAAGAACAUCAGAGCUCGUGGGAUGAGAUGCCACCCGAAAUAGCGUUGGCCGUGAACACGAGUUUGGCCGACUUGACCGGAUUUUCACCCGCUUUCUUGAUGCAAGGUCGCGAGCCUCGUCUCCCCAUUGCCUUAUACGACGAGGUUACGUCUGAGUCCGCCACAUUUCAGCAAACGCAAGGGGAAAAGGCCGUGCGUCUGAGAGAGGUGUAUAACAUCGUCCGUCACAACCUGCAGAGUGCUUUCCAGGACUAG